AUGUAUCCCUUGGGGCUUCUUCUACUUUUCUUCUUCAAUUUUGAGCUCAUAAGAGGUGAGGUUCGUAGUGUCUACAGCGACGAGGACGGGAAAAUCCAUGAAGGAGCUGAAGGUGGGGCUUCUGGCUCCAGCAGAGACAAACUGAUGAUAAACUUUCGACGCAUCUUUGGACGGCAGUGCGACCUAGACAUCUUUCCAGGUAUUUGCGUGGUCAAGCAAGUAACCCCAGAUAAAGAAAACCAGUUUGCAACGGUCCUGGUAGACUUUAUAGACACAGCAUCUCACAAUAUUAGCUAUGACAUUAAAUAUAUGAUAUUUCUAGCAGAACCCAGCGUAGAGUAUGUGACUAAGAACAACAUAGUUGAGGGAGCUGAGUUUUCAUGCAAGAAGAAGGUGAGCAAGUCGGGCCCGUGCGAACCGGUCCAUAUCACGUUCGACUUAAUUGACGACCCGACACUUAUCGAGCAGGAGGCGAGCGACCCAUCGCACCCGCCAGCAGAUCAAGAUGAACUGUGA